UCUCCCGAUAUAUCGUCAAGUAUCCGUGUGUAUUGUACGCGCCAGUUGUUAGUUUUAAAAUCGAGUUACCCGUUCCCGCCUCACGUUCAAUUUUUUCCCCGAUUUUUCCCUCUGUCAACAAACCCGUCUAUCGCGAUAGUUUUUAGUUUUAGUUAAUAGAUAUUUUUAGUGUUUAGUGCGUUAAAAAAGUUAAACAAAAAUGUUUUAGUGGUAAAGUGCGUGAUUCUCGUUUUUGGAUUACUUUCACGUUCACUUUGCGAUGCACUUUCGUAAAGAUAUUAUGUCCAAAACCAUUCUAAUGCCGGACUAACACAAACUUACACCACUCAAAUAAAAUGGUAUCGGAGGAAUCAUGCAGAUCAGCCAGCAGUGAAGAGAGCAUCAAAGAAGAAACGACUCCCGAAAAGAACUUUUGGACCACAACGAUAUUAAAAGACAUGCCAGUUGAUGACAAAAACGAUAAACGAAUUUACGAUGACUUCUUUAUUUCCCAAAUAGUCGAAGAACUGCUUGAUCGAGCCUGGCAAUCUUCUGAAGGAGAUAUAGUGAUGACGAGAAGUAAAAAUCUGAGUUCCCAGGAAAAGAUAGCACGUGAUCUUAACCGAAAUACUUCGAUAGUUGUCGAGGACUGGGACGAUGAGAGUCCUGUAGAGUGUCGGAAUGGGUUUCUUAAUAUUAGCGCGCUUCAGAGGAGUGCUAGUGAAAGAGUUAUAUCGCGAACUAAACACGCUGAUGAAAACGAUAACAUCGAAAAGAAGACACCUAAAGAAAAGAAGAAAAAAAGACUAUCUUUUCAUCUUUUUGGUUUGAACAGGAGCAAAUCAAAGGAACAUCACAAAAACGACGAGGAAUCCGAAAAAUAUGAUAAUUUCUCAACCCAAUUACCCGUCUUUACCGGCGGGUCUCUAGGUAAAUCGCGUAAGUUUGCGUCAGCUUUAGAACUAAGCAACCCAAAACCCGCUUCAACACUACACAAGUCAAACUCGGUUUUCAAAAAACUUCUACACAUAGGUGACGAUUCGACCAAGUUUCUGAAGCGGUCUUUGAGUUUUCGGGAUGUGAGGAAAAAAGAGAAAGAACCGGUGAAAGACAAACAGCAAGAGUGGAAGCAGUCGUUGCAGUCGUUGGUGGAGAGUGAUACUAGUGUUAGUUAUAAGGACUUGAGUUUCAUAGACUACGAUGUGUUGAACGAGUUCAGUUACGAUGAGCCGGUUCAGUUGAGGCCUGGAGGAAAUGAGAGGAGUAUUUUCGUGGGCAGGACCCAAAGUAUGAGGGAGAAAGGAUCUCCGCAUUUGAAGAGGCAUCCUUACAGUAGGCAUACAUCUAUUACACCGGAAUAUAGGUCAAGCCUUACAUCUAUAAAUUGUCUAAAGGACAAUUCUGCCUCAUCAUUACCUUCCCUUUCUCAUAUUAUCAGCCAGGACAAUGUGGAAACAUUAUCGGGAAGCAGUCCUGAAACUGUUGGUCGACGUCAUCACAGUAUUUAUUGUGAUGACGGUCAGAACAAUCAGAGCAGCUUCAGAUCGGCGGGAAGUGGAGGGGGAUACAGCAAGUUAAGACGUCACAACGCCACAAGGCAGAAAAUUCGGCAUCCUGCAACCUUUAUCGAGAACCGACAGAGAUCUUCAUCGGAGAUAGACAGAAAGGUGCGUUCCAGGAGCCUCAACCACCUCGACUCGCUGGAAAUGCGCCAGGCGGUCGUUUCCACAGGCGAAGCACCCCUCAAAGACUCCAAAUCGGAGCCCGACUGUACCCGACCCCUCCAUCCACCCCCCUCGACGCCAGUGGCGGCGGUUGAUGCCCAAGGAACCAGCGCCACAACGUCAUCGGUCACCACUGUGACGCAAUCUAUAACGCAGAUCGACGGUCACGCGGCAGCGAGGAAGCACAUGUUGAGCAGAUCACAGAAAUCGAGCAGCGAGUGUUUCAGCGUUAAUUUCGAGGUCGGCGACGAAUCCACUUGGGAUAAUGAGUUGUUUUUUCCCGCACAGAGGGGAAUUACCUUACACGACUCGUUGUCGAAGCUGUGCGAGCUGAGGAACAUCGAUUUGGCGGCUUGCGACGCCCGACUGCAGGACAAGGAAAACAACUCGGAAGUUUUCAUUUUGUUCACGCAAGACACGGCCAGUUUGGUAGGAAGACAUAUUAGAAUUACAGCCAAAGAGCAAAGCAAUAAAAAAUAUUCCGGGUCAUUCCACAGCAAUCACUCACGAAAGCAAUCAGGUAAUUAUAGACCAAGAACCAGCAGUUUCUUCAGCUCAAGUACCGAAGAUCCGAACGUUAUCAGCUCAACGUUGUCGCUGCACGAAGCGGACCAAAACAAAAAGCAAAUAAAACAACGACUCACGGCGUUCUUUGGGAACAACAAGGACUUCAAAUACGAGGCCCUGAUCGAACAACUGGACCGAUACAGCCGACAGGGAAUCCCGCAAAACGUCGAUUAUCCCCAAGGACAGUGCGAAUCUAUCGACGCCCUUUACAAACUGGAGGAUGACUGGCGGGACAUCAUUGCAGAUUAUAACGAUUUAAAUGACAGACUACAGCAACAACAGACAGCAUUAUGGGAGUUAAUCAAGACUGAAGUUGCCUAUAUUAAAACCCUUAAAGUAGUUACAGACUUAUUUCUCGGUUGCCUUCGAGACCUCCAAUCGAAAAACCUAUUCAAGGAAAUCGACACAGAGAAACUGUUCUCCAACGUAACGGAAAUCCUGGGAGCCAACGUAAUCUUCUGGAGGAACACGCUGUUCCCCCUAGUGAGGGACAUGCGAAAGCACCGCAGGCCCGCCUGUCUCGAGAACAUGCUGGAGGGCUUCUCCAAAAUCCACGACAUUUUCCAGCCCUACUUCAAAUACUGCGCCGAGCAAUCCAGAUGUCAACAUUACUGCCGAGAAAAUCUAGACAGCGAAGUUUUUACGGCGUACUUAACGUGGUGCGAGAGUCAAAAAGACUGUAACCGAUUAAGGUUGAUGGAUAUUCUGGUCCAGCCGAUGCAAAGACUAACGAAAUACGGCCUCCUUCUCAAAGCCAUCUUGAAAAAUACCGAAGAAGAUGUAGAAAGGGAAAGCUUGCAAGCUAUGAUAAAAAUGGUGGACGACUUCGUUAAUAACGUCAAUUCGAGCUUAAAGCAUCGCCAAGACAAGGAGAGAUUAAAGGGGAUCAUCGCCAGAAUCGAAAGUUAUGACAUUGUGGAGUCAAAGGACGACGACAUCGAGCGCAUCCUGAAAAAGGAGAAGUCGUUGACGCAGCUCGACCUCACGCGGCCUAUGCUGGCCUGUCCGCCGGAAAGAAAGCGCCAUUUGUUACUAGAGGGCGAUCUCAAGCUGAAGGACAGCGGGGCCUCCAAGAUCGAAGUCCACUGUUUUCUACUAACCGACAUGCUGCUCAUCUGCAAACCAUCGACGAAGAAAGGAGGAGCCACCAUGCGCGUAAUCCGACAACCUUACCUCGUCGAUCGACUCGUCAUCCACGAACUGAACCGAGAAACGCCGAGCCUGGCCGUGAUUUACCGAAACGAGUUCGAUAUGGCAGUGGCGGCGUUUAUUUUGCAAAGCAACGAUUCGAGGAAAAUUAAGGGUUGGAAAGAAGGUAUAGCCAAGGCUCAGGUGCUGUACGCACAAGCCAAACAGCUGAGCAGUUUUGGAGAGGAAAGUCUUGAUGCCGACUAUAACCUGGAUUAUAAUCUGGAGAGCGACUACCACAGUUUACAGCUGGCUCCCAGAUCGCCCAUGGCUUCGUCGUCGAGAGCUAGUAGAGUAUCCAGCCUGGCUCACAGCCACAGUGGUUCCGUUGAAAUGAACGACCAAUCCUCCAUUGGCUCGGCCAAGGACCAAUCCCGAGGGGUCUCUAUAGAGAACGAGAACAGAACGGGUUCCAUAUCCAGCGAUGAGGGUCUCCAAUCUUUACCCGCUGACGUGGCUUCCAAAAGUCCUGUGGCCCAAAAGAGCAGCCUAAAAACGAGACUGUUCCACAAAACGCCCAACACGUUGUCCGUGCAGCCUGUGGGCAGUUUGGGCCAGAGCCUGCCCAACUUGACCCUCGGGUCACCCAAUAUUGGUGGCGGACUUACGUUGAACCUCAAUCAAAAUACUUUGUCGGUACCCAGCAACAAGAACGGCAGCCACCUCCUCAGUCCAACCCAAAGGGGCAUCUCCUACCCUCCCCCAAGCCCUACCAGAGGGAACUUGCGAAGGAGCUUGGCCAUAUCGCAAAGUAAGAACCCUCCGCUGAUCAAGACGCGGCAAGUUAACUCGGCGUCCAGCGUCAGUUCCAGUCAGAUACCGACCAGUUUCGAUUUUGACGUUCCGGUCAUUGCAGGUAUAUCUCAACCGGAUGAAAAUUGUGAUUCCUUCAACAGAGGUCAACAUCGCCAGGCAAUGAAAAGAACACAUCGGUAUCAUACCGCUGGACUUGUGGACGAUAUAAAGAAAAACGACAGCAGGGAUACGAGCAUUCACAAGAGACUGUCUUGGAAUUGCAGCACACAGGAUCAAAGACAACUCAACGAGGACCAGACCUAGCAUACAAUAAUAAGCCCCUUAGUGUCUUCUAUAAUGAUUCUCUAUAUUACUAUUUGUAUAUUAGAUAAAUUGAAGAGUAUUCUCAUCCGAAUACUACAUUUGAUAUUGUUCAGUCAGCCUGCGGAAUAAGACCAAAUUCGGCAACAUUGCUGCAAAGUGAUUUUAAAAGAUUCUUUUUGCGAAAAAGAAGAAAUUUGUCUUAAACGUUUUUUGAUAAUAUAUUAAAUUGUCGUAACAAAAAAGAUUUAUCGAAAACAUAAAAAAAUUGUAACACUAAUAUAUUUUGAAAUUUUCAAAAUAUAUCUCUUACGACUAAAAUGGAUAUACUUGGCUAGUUUUAAAACUAACCAGCAAUUUUACAAACUAACUAAAGGCGCUGUUAUCUUGAAGGAAUCCACCCAUUCUUGCAAAAUAGCGAGCAACCAGCAUCUAGUUUAUAAUCUAACUGGUCAGUAUACAAAAUAUCUAUGGUUAAAAUUGGGAUUUUAUGUCAGUUUACAAAAAUAGCUGCUAGUUUAGAUACUUAUCAGGUAGUUUACAAAGUCUAUUUUGGAUUCUUGUUAAUGUAGAUCUUUGGAAGGUAGGUUAUGGCAAUAUAACAAAUUUCAUAUUAAUAAAUACCUUUACUUUUAAACAGAUACCUGUUGAAUUUGGUAAUAAUCAUCUUAUUAAACUCUUUUUUAAUAUCAUUGUCACUUCUUGAAUUGGAUAAUUAUUUACUAUCCGGUUUUCCUAUUUUGCAGUUUCUUAAGAAACUACUUAUACAGACUUACCAGUGCUACUAAAGUGGUGACUAAUAUGAUAUCGGGGUUGCAUGUUGCAAGUUCCUGGAGAAUAUAAUAUCAAAAUUGACAAUAAUUCAAUUUGAGACAUCUGUUAGUCAUCAUAGUAGUAGCACAAGUAAGUCUAUAUAAGUAGUUUAUUAAAAUACAAAAUACAUAUAUAAACAAAGACAUAACCUUACAAUUUCCCUGCAAGUAAAGUUAUGAAGAGUCCAUUCUGUUAAGCUGGAUUUAUAAACUCGGAAGUUGACGUUCAGUUGAGGUUCAGUUGCAGUUGGAUGUUCGCGGCAGUUGAGGUUCAAUAUUUUUGCAUUUAUAAACUGUCAGU